UGGGCUAACGUAUUUAUAGUAAUGCGCUUCGAGUGAAGUGCAAUCUUUCGAAUUAUCUCGCUCGACGAAAUCUCAUGCGAUACGAUGUUGCAAUCGCCAAGCAUCGACUCUACGUUUCGCUUAAGUGCCGACAAGAUCCCAUUCAUGGAGCAUCUGCUGCAAGUUCGCAAUCACCAAGAAAACUCUCAGGCGUUUCACGAGUGUACGAAGAAAGAUGCACGGAUCGAACUGCAACGCGAACUCGAGAAGCUGCUGGCAACCGCUCGCGAAGACAAGAAGGAGCUAAUGGGCCGGCAAUUCGCUGGAUUCAAGCAUCUGUUCGAGCGAUUCCUGCAGAAGGAGGGCCCGUCUUUAGAAUGGGAUCACAUUCAAAAACUGCCCGAAGAUGCGGUGAAAGAUUAUAAUUCUUUACCAACACCGGAAGAUAACGAAAUAAAGGCAUUACUGAACAAAUUGGUUGUGGUUAAAUUAAACGGUCUCGGAACGAGCAUGGGACCGAAAGCUGUCAUCGCUGUGCGAAAUGGACUGACCUUUUUGGAUCUUACCGUUCAACAAAUCGACCACCUGAAUAAAAAGUACAACGCUAACGUGCCACUUAUAUUGAUGAAUUCGUUUAACACGGAUGACGAUAUGCAACGCAUAAUUAAGAAAUACGAGGGAAUGGAUAUAGAUAUUUAUACUUUUAAUCAGAGUUGUUAUCCGCGUAUAAAUAGAGACUCUCUACUUCCGAUAGCUAAGCAUUGUCAAGUCGAGGAGGAUAUAGAAUCUUGGUAUCCGCCUGGUCACGGAGAUUUUUAUGAGAGUUUUCAGAAUUCUGGUUUACUUAAAAAGUUUAUUCGAGAGGGUCGUGAAUAUUGUUUUAUCUCAAAUAUAGAUAAUCUUGGUGCUACAGUGGAUAUUAAAAUCUUGAAAUCGUUGUUAAGUGAAGUAUCAGAAUCCAGUCUUGAAUUUAUUAUGGAAGUAACCGAUAAGACACAAGCAGAUGUUAAAGGUGGUACGCUUAUAAAAUAUGAAGACAAACUUUAUCUUCUUGAAAUAGCUCAAGUUCCUAAGGAUCAUAUUGAUGAUUUCGAAUCUGUCAAAACAUUUAAAUAUUUCAAUACCAAUAAUCUCUGGAUUAAACUCAGUGCCAUUGAGAGAGUACUUGAAAAAAAAAUGCUGAAUAUGGAGAUAAUAAAGAACGAAAUUUUCGCGAAUGGUCUAAAUACAAUACAACUUGAAACAUCUGUGGGAGCAGCUAUAAAAUCAUUUGAAGGAAGUAUUGGUAUUAAUGUGCCACGCAGUAGAUUUCUGCCAGUGAAAAAGACCUCUGAUCUGAUGCUUGUUAUGAGUAAUCUGUAUAUUUUACAUAAUGGAUCUCUCGUAAUAAAUCCUGAAAGGAUGUUCCCCACAGCACCUCUCAUCAAGUUGGAAGAUAAUCAUUUUUCAAAAGUGAAAGAAUUUUUGACUAGAUUUCCGACAAUACCGGAUCUCCUUGAAUUGGAUCACUUGACAGUGUCGGGCGAUGUUACCUUUCGAAAAGGGGUGACGCUGAAAGGCACGGUUAUUAUAAUCGCUAAUCAUGGAGAACGUAUAGUUCUAUCUUCUGGAACAGUUUUAAAAAAUAAGAUUGUACUGGGUAAUCUACGCAUGUUGGAUUACUAAAUUGCAUCGCAGCAUCACAGACAGCAUAAUAUCUUGUUAUCUUGCAGAAUUUAUAUAAAGAUGCAAAUUUAUUUAAAAGAAUAAUAUAUCUGUAUGUUUUUAGCUAUCAUAUAUUUUAAAUAAAAGAUUUUCUCGUUUUGUCUUAAGCCUA